AUGGUCGACACUAUGAAACCGGGCUCAGUGAUUGUUGACUUGGCAGCGGAGGCUGGAGGCAAUGUGGAGACCACCCGACCGGAUACAAAAGGCGUACUUGAACUGAAUCUGAAAGACGAGGUUGUGCGGGGAAGCAUGGUGCUUCACAAGGUUUGUGUGCAAAACGGUGAUUUCCUGUUUUUUUUUUAUCAGCUAACCUCAUUUCAUCGGACGCAGAUAUACGGUGUUCGUUUUUUUUUUCUAGAGAUACUACUCAUUUUUAACAAGGCAAAAAUCACGAAACUAGCACUAUUUAUUGACGUCAUACAAUUUUGCGACCUCUUGUUUAACUGCAAAUGGUCAUUUCCUAUUAAUAAGGUAAAUUAA